AUAAACAAAUGGAGACUUCUCGGAACACAGAGAGAGAGAGACAGAUGAGACGUUGCUUUACGUAUGACCCAACAACAAGUGGCAGUCACAGGUUUGCCAGGGGAUCGCCUUUCAGCUAGCUUUUAUCUGUUUCACAUGGAAAACCCACCGCCACCCUCUGAUCCAAACUCUAAAUGCUUCAGUUCAUCAUCGUCUCGUCAUUACAAAGAUCCAGGAUCGACCCUGAACCGAGAACCGAUCAUUCCGCCAGUCUCAUGAAGCCUUCCCCACCAUGGAAGAUGAAAGACGACAAGCGUUCGUGCCGAGAAGCAAGCCGAUCUCGAGCUAUCUGUACCGGUCGUCGUCCGAGCCCGUCGAGCUGAACGGUUUCACUUCCUGCUUCAAGUGGGUGUGCGUCGAUCAGUCCAAUCUGUGGUGGGCCGGGCUGUCGUGGUCGGUCUUCUUCCUCUUCACCGUCGCUGUCCCGUUGGCCUCGCAUUUCUUGCUCCAGUGCUCGAGCUGCGAUGCGAACCACCAGCGGCCUUAUCACGUGCCGGUGCAGAUAUCGCUCUCCGUGUUUGCGGCGAUAUCUUUCGUCUGCCUAUCGCGGUGGUCUCGUAAGUACGGGAUCAGGAAGUUCUUGUUCUUAGAUAAAUUGUGCGACUCGAGUGAGAAUGUUCGUCGCGGAUACUCGCAGCACCUUCAGAGAUCAGUCAAGCUAUGGUCAUGGUUUGUUGUCCCGUGUUUUGCUGUCGAGGCGGCCUACAAGCUCUGGUGGUACAUCUCCGGAUCCACCGACAUUCCUUAUUAUGGCAAUCUCUACGUGAGCGACACGAUCGCUUGCACGUUGGAGCUGCUCUCGUGGCUCUACCGGACCUCGAUUUUCAUCCUCGUGUGCGUCCUCUACCGGCUGGUUUGCUACCUGCAAAUCCUCAGACUGGAGGACUUUGGGCAAGUCUUGCAGAAGGAAACCGAGGUGGUGUCAAUUUUGAAGGAGCAUAUCCGGUUCAGGAGGACUCUCAGGAUCAUAAGCCACCGCUUCCGAGCAUUCCUUCUCUUGUCCCUCAUAUUGAUCACGGCGAGCCAGUUCAUUUCCGUGCUCAUGAUCACCCGUUCCGGCGCUCACGCGAAUAUCUUCAAAGCCGGGGAGCUUUCACUAUGUUCGAUGAGCCUGCUCACGGGCCUCUUCAUAUGCCUGCGCAGCGCGACGAAGGUCACGCACAAAGCACAGUCCAUCACCGGACUUGCGGCAAAGUGGCACAUCUGUGCGACGAUUAACUCGUUUGACGAGAACGAUGGUGAGACGCCCACAGCUCAGGUCGCUUCCACCCAUGUUUUCCCCGUGGAUGCAGAGUGGGAGUCCGAAGAAGAAGAAGGAGACGGUGACGAUGAUCUCAACAAUGCCAAAAUAAUGCCGAUUUACGCGCACACCAUCUCAUUCCACAAAAGGCAAGCUUUAGUGACAUACCUAGAGAACAACAAAGCCGGAAUUACAGUUUACGGCUUUAUGCUCGACAGGAGUUACCUUCACACCAUAUUUGGGAUUGAAUUCGCUCUUUUCCUAUGGUUGCUGAAUAAGACAAUCGGUAUUUCGUAAUCUUGCUGGAAAACAAAGGAGUUGGAGAAUGUUAUAGUCGCACUCAAUCCACAUUCUAUAUUUUGGUCCGGUCCGGGAUGUAUAGUGUACAGGGUCAUGAGAGUUCUUAUGAUAUACAGCUUUCAGGAAUGCGUUUUUUCUGCAGAAAGUAAAGUCAAUUCUCUUUUGCACCACAACGCUCGUUGUGUUAUACAAAUUGAAGAAAAAUGAUAAUGCCAUUCAGUGUAAAGUUAUUUCUCUUUCCAUAUAUAA